CCACUUCAAAGUUAAUCAAUCAUUCAUCACGAAAAUGACAUAAAUAGAAAAGGAGCCCACCUGAAAAAACCAAACCCACCAAUUAAAACCAAAACCAAAACCCACCAGAAAAUGAAACCCAAAAUUAGGCCUCGAAAUCCCAGAGACGUCUUCAACUAUAAUAUUAAUUUAAAUUCCCCAAAAUUCAAAUCAUCAUCACCUGGAAAAAAAAAGCGCCAUAUUUUCUCUCUCCUGAAAAUAAUCGUGAAAUUAUCAAUGGCUCCGCAAUCUAGGAAGUGGGUAAUCCUAGUUGCAACGAUCUGGGUGCAAGCUUUCACGGGGACUAACUUUGACUUUUCGGCAUAUUCGUCGGAGAUGAAAACGUCGCUGGAAAUAAGCCAAGUGCAGCUGAAUUACUUGGCAGUUGCGUCGGAUUUAGGCAAAGCGUUUGGUUGGUCAUCUGGGUUGGCUUUGAUGUAUUUACCUUUAUCGGUUGUUAUGUUUAUUGCUUCCUUUAUGGGUUUGCUUGGUUAUGGUCUUCAAUGGUUUGUUCUUCGUGGCCUUUUUUCUCCCCCUUAUUUUGUGGUAUUUUUCCUAUGCUUAUUAGCAGGAUGCAGCAUCACCUGGUUUAACACCGUGUGUUUUGUUCUCUGCAUUAAAAACUUCCCAGCAAAUCGAUCUCUUGCACUAUCCCUUACAGUCAGCUUCAAUGGUGUAAGUGCUGCGCUAUACACGCUAGCAGCUAACUCAAUCAACCCAUCUUCACAUGUUGUCUACCUUUUCUUGAACGCCUUCAUUCCCCUCUUGACUUCCCUUGCUGCCUUACUUCCAAUAUUAAGGCAACCGGAAAUUGAACCUCUCCCUCCUGAUGCUGUUAAAAGGGACUCCUUUAUAUUCUUUAUCCUCAACUUCUUGGCAGUCAUUACUGGCUUUUACCUCCUCUUCCUUACCUCAGUAACAAAUGGUAUAACAUCUUCACGUCUUCUCUUUGGUGGGGCGGUUUUCCUGCUUUUCUUCCCUUUAUGCAUUCCUGGCAUUGUAUAUGCUCGAGAGUGGUUCGAACAGAUUCAUUCAAGCUUACAGAUUGAUGGGUCAGGUUUCAUUCUUGUUGAUGAUGAUGAUCUCGAGCUUCAUAAAAUAUCAACACGGGAGAAUAGCUAUACUAGUAGCACCAUGUCUUUGCUCGGGAAUUGGAUUGAAAAUCGUAAUGAAUCUACUUAUAACUUACCUGAGCUUAAUGCAGGAAAGAGUGAUGUCUACUGUGGAGCAGUGUUCGAAAAGGAUCAAUUAGUGAUGCUUGGGGAAGAGCAUCGAGCUUCAGUUCUAGUCCGUAGGGUGGAUUUUUGGCUCUAUUAUAUUGCUUAUUUUUGUGGAGGAACAAUUGGAUUGGUUUAUAGUAAUAAUCUAGGACAGAUUGCUCAAUCGCUUGGGCAGAGCACCAGCACCACGACUCUUAUAACUCUCUAUUCGUCUUUCUCCUUCUUUGGCCGCUUACUCUCAGCCAUUCCAGAUUACAUUCGUGCGAAAGUGUACUUUGCAAGAACAGGAUGGCUAGCUAUUGCACUUGCACCAACCCCCAUUGCCUUCUUAUUGCUUACAGGAUCAGGAAGUGCCCUGACUCUCCAAGCAGGAACAGCACUGAUUGGCCUUAGCUCUGGCUUCAUAUUUGCAGCAGCUGUUUCCGUCACAUCUGAGCUUUUCGGCCCUUUAAGUGUAGGGGUCAACCACAAUAUCCUGAUCACCAACAUCCCCAUUGGUUCGCUAGUUUAUGGUUUCCUAGCGGCCUCAGUUUAUGAUUCUAAUGCUGGACACACAUCUCAGGGGAUCUCGAUGGUUACUGAUAAAAUAAUUUGUAUGGGGAGGCACUGCUAUUUUUGGACCUUCUUUUGGUGGGGAUGCAUCUCAAUUGUUGGGCUCUUUUCAUGUUUGCUCUUGUUCUUGAGAACUAGGCAUGCUUAUGAACGGUUUGAACGUGAUCGAAUUUCUGCCGCACUGGAUUAAGGGAGCGAUGGUGUGUUUGGAUGUGCUUCAUAUUGUACAGAAAGGACAAACAGUACAUACCGACAAAAAGAAAAAAGAAAUUACAAUGAUGGAAACCUGGAAAUCAGAAUUUAUAUUGAGCUACAUAUAUCCAUAUUGAGAAUGUCACUUGCUAAUCUGUACUUACUGCCUUAAUGUUCAGGAAAUAUGCACACAUAUAUUUUUGCUAGACUUGUUGAAAGGGUUUAACAUAUGGUGAAUCAUAUCUCCGAUUUUUGAAGUGAUCAUUGUACAACAUUGGUGAUUUAGUUUCCGAUCUCUUGUGUAACAUGUUUCGCUCUGAAAUUUUUUGUUUGUUUGAUUACUCUUUCUUAGAAUGCGAUCUGCUUUUGCUAGUAUAUGCUUAUAUCUUGAUUCUCAUUA